GCGAGGAGCCGGCCCGGAAAAGGCAGCGGCUGUUGUGCGGGUGUUGUUGUGCCGAGCGGGUUCGGUCCGUGCGCUGUGCGGGACAUGGGGCCGCCGCGGGACUGAGCAGCGCGGCCCGACCUGCGCCCACCAUGAGCUGCACCAUCGAGAAGAUCCUGACGGACGCCAAGACCCUGUUGGAGCGGCUGAAGGAGCACGACACCGCCGCCGAGUCGCUCAUCGAUCAGUCCGCCGUCCUGCACCAACGCGUGGCCGCUAUGCGGGAGGCGGGUGCGGGGCCGGCCGACAAGGGCAGCGCGGCGGCGGCGGCGCCCACGGCCGCGUCCCGGCGGGGUCGGAGCGUAACGGAGGAUGGUGCUGACGGCUCCCGGCUGCGGCCGCACACGCUGCUGUGCCAGGAGAACACGCAGAUCCGCGACCUGCGGCAGGAGAACCGCGCGCUGUGGAUCUCUCUGGAGGAGCACCAGGACGCCUUAGAGCUCAUCAUGAGCAAAUACAGGAAGCAGAUGUUGCAGCUGUUGCAAGGGAGAAAAGGUGAAGAUGCGGAACCAGUGCUGAAAGUUCAUCAGGCCAACUCUGUGGAAAUUGAAGGACAAAUAGACAGGAUAUGUGAGAUGGGUGAAGUGAUGAGAAAAGCUGUACACGUGGAUGAUGAUCAGUUCUUCAAGGUACAGGAGAAACUAGCUCAGCUGGAGCUCGAAAACAAAGAGCUUCGGGAACUAUUGUCCAUCAGCAAGGAAUCCUUUGAGCUCGGGAGGGACGAUGUGCGUGACAGCGAAGCUUAGAUCACAACACACCCAAACCUUGACUUCAGAGACUGUUCUGAAGCCACCCAACAAAGGACGAUCUGUAACUUGUUCUUCAGGUGUUUCACAUGUUCCAUCUAUCCCAAUGUGUGCCCUGUGUUACUCUGCAAUCACACACUCCUGAUGGCAAAGGCUUGUAUUGCUGCUCUGUAUUAUCAACCAAGUGAACCAAGUGCUUUUGGUGCCGGCUCUUUUGUGGCAGUUUAUCUCACGAGUGUUACUUCCAUAAGCUUUCCUCGGCAAUUCCAGCUGUCACUUAGAACUGCCUGAUAUGGGGAACACAAUACAGCUCCUGGAUGUUGUAUUUGCUAGAAGGAAGAAGAAUUGAAGUCUAUGUUAUAACAAGUUGAUACCUUGCUCUGCCUGCACAGUGGAGCUUUGGCUUUGAGGACCCAACCCUCAGUAUUUGCUCACAUUAAUAUUAUAUUAUAUUAUAAUAAUAUAUAUUAUAUAUAAUAUUAUAUAUAUAAUAUAUAUUAUAUAAUAUAUAUAUAUAUAUAUUAUAUUGAUAUUGUGAUGCUCUCAGUGGCAUUUUCAUGCUGUUUUCAAUGUAAUUCAAUGACACCCAAUUGUCACUGUUACUUUUUGAUGCUGUUUUUACUUAGUUUUGAUAGAUAAAGCAACUGUGUGUGUUAUGAGUCUAUUUGGAUUAUGCAGAUAAAGGUGUUUAGUUGAUAUAUGGGACUCCUGUUGAGGAGCAUUGUACAGACUUCUUUCCUAGACUAUUUUAAGAUGGAAUAAAGCAAUUUACAGCCA